AUGGCCAUCGAAGCGGGCCCGCAGACGGAGAUCGACAGGAUUAUCGCGAGAGCCACGGACCUAGAGCGGAAACAUCUUCUUGACUACAUCAGCUAUAAAGAUGCACUGACCCUGGUGGAUACAGAGGUCUCGCAAUGCCCCGACGCCAAUCUGAAGCAAGCUCUGGAGACGAUGCUACGCCGCGUAUCUAACUUGGAACCGGAGUGA